GGCGCGCUUAGAGGAGGAGGGUCUAGCCGGGUGGAAGAAGUCCAGCCCGAGGUGUUUCCGCUUCCGGUGUCAGUUCGAGGCGCCGCCGCCGCAGCCGCCGGAGCCGCGAUGCCUAAAGGAGGGAGAAAGGGAGGCCACAAAGGCCGGGCAAGGCAGUACACGAGCCCUGAGGAGAUCGACGCGCAGCUCCAGGCUGAAAAGCAGAAGGUCAGGCAGGAAGAAGAGGAACAAGGAGAAGAAGGUGGAGAUGGGGCUGCAGGUGACCCCAAAAAGGAGAAGAAAUCCUUAGAUUCAGAUGAGAGUGAGGAUGAAGAAGAUGAUUACCAGCAAAAGCGCAAAGGUGUAGAAGGGCUCAUCGACAUUGAGAACCCCAACCGGGUGGCACAGACAACCAAAAAAGUCACACAGCUGGACCUGGACGGACCCAAGGAGCUUUCAAGGAGAGAAAGAGAAGAAAUCGAAAAGCAGAAAGCAAAAGAGCGUUACAUGAAAAUGCACUUAGCGGGGAAGACCGAGCAGGCCAAGGCCGACCUUGCGCGACUGGCGAUCAUCCGGAGGCAGCGGGAGGAGGCCGCCCGGAAGAAGGAAGAGGAGAGGAAAGCAAAAGAUGAUGCAACUUUGUCAGGAAAACGAAUGCAGUCGCUGUCCCUGAAUAAGUAGCAUGGCCUGUGGGAGGAGAUGCCAGGGACCGGGCCAUGCUGCCAGGACCUCUGCUGUGUCUCGCCCACCCUGUGCCCCGGCGCCGCUGCAGCCGCCCCUCAUGGCGAGGAGCCCCCCACGGCCUGGGACUUCUUCAUCUUGGCACGGAAAUCGUUUGGGGGGAUGGUGGGUGGGGGGCUGGGGGAGGGGGCAGCUGCUAUCUUUGAGACAGAAAGAUGCAGGGCAGCAUUUCAUAUGUAACCAUUUGAAUGUUUUGGCUGUUUUUAGAAUUCAGAACCCUUGUCGGGGGCGCUGGGAGGUGGGGUAAGAGGAGCUUCGUUUGUCCAGUAGGUUGUGCGGCCAGGGAGGUCAAGCCCCUGCAGCUGCUGACAGGUUUGCGACAGCCAGCUCCCCCCCCCCCCCCCCCCGGCUGUGUUGCCUGGGUGCUCGCUUGGAGGGGCUGUCGUCUGGGAGCCCGGGUUCCUGAGGGUCAUGGCUCCUCCCUGGCCAGUCCCCUCUGGCUGAGACCUCCUCUCUGCCCUUUCCACCCCUUCCCCCACCCCCUACUCUGGCCAGGCCCCGGGCCCAUUCUUAACCCUGCCCGUGGAUCAUUUCAAGAAACCUGUUUACUCUGUAGCACCCAGGCCAAACAGGCUCCACAAACCCAACUUGUAUAUUUGGCAGAUUAAACGACAUUAUCGUAA